CGUUACGUUGGUGACACUAUUUAGGGCCUUAUUUGCUAUUAGCAUACAACACCAAACAAAUUAAUAAAAUAUGUCUGAAAAUAAUGAUACCUCCAAUGAGUCCAGCAGUCUGGGUAGCGAUUUUCUUUUACCAAGCUCUCCCUUGACGGGUGGCGGCAGUGUCGGCGGCAAUCCAGGAUUAAGAUCCUCCGUUUUAAGACCAUCAGUAUUGGGACCUUCUAGAUUGGGUUCCGCUUCAAGUCUAUCAACACACACACAAAAUGCUCCUUCAACGAAUAAUUCUUCUCGUAGUGAUGGUGCCACCGCAUCAGCAGCCAGUGAGAGCGCUGGUGACAAGACAGCGGACAAGGUAGUGGUAGCCAGCUGCAGCAAUCCAUUUUUGAAAGAAGUAAAAGAUGAUGAUGAACCUGGGCCCUCGUCAAAGGAUGUCGAUAAAAAAGAUACGGAAAAUGAUGAUGUGGAUGAGAGGCCAGAUCCGCUUACUUUGUUACGCAAAAAUGGCAUGGAACGAGCCAAUCUUUUUGCUGCAGCCAAAAGCUCUAUUCCUUUGGUGGAAAAGUCUGGCUUUGUAUUUGGGCAAAAUCUCCAUGAACGUGUCGUAGGGGAAAAUCUCAAGGCCGAUAAGCCGGCAGCAUCAAACAAUGAGGAUUCAUCAACAUCAGCCUCUGGGGAUUUGCUCUUCUCCAGUGUUAUACAGAAUGCGGCAGCAAAAUCCACCGAAAAUGUCGAGGAAUCUGCCAAAGAUUCGAAUAAUGAAGUAAAAAGUCUUACUGAUGUGGCCCGCGAAUAUGAAGAAAGCCGAGCACAAAAACGCAAAUACGAAGAAGUGGAAACCUUUACGGGAGAGGAAAACGAAAUGAAUAUUGUUGACUUAAAUUGUAAAUUGUUUGCUUUUGUUAAUAGCAAUUGGGAAGAACGUGGUCGUGGAAGUUUGCGCCUUAAUGAUUCCAGAAUUGAACAUGAAUGUUCUCGUCUGGUUUUCAGAACAGCAGGAAAUUUACGUCUUUUACUUAACACAAAGGUCUGGGGCGGCAUGGUUGCCGAAAGACCUAGUCAAAAAUCUCUAAGACUUACUGCAAUGGAUAAUACGGGUAAAAUUAAAAUAUUUUUGGUUAUGGCACGACCAGUCGAAAUCAAACAUCUGCACAGUGCUCUAGCUGAACGCAUUGAAAAACGAAAACUAACCCAUCCUGAUGAACUGUGUGCUGCCGCUGCGGCUGCAGCAGGUGGUGCCUCCGGUAACAGUGAAAGUAAUGGUGAAGGAGCAAAUAGUACAGAUGCCGUGAAAAAAGAUGUAGAAGCUGCUGCCGCUGCUGCUGAACCCGAUCACGAUGAUUCCACAGAGCCAAGUCCUAAAAAACCCUUACUAACUGCCGAGACCUCUGCAUCAGAGAAUUAAUUAGAAAAACAGCAAAACAAAACAAAAAUUGUCAAUAAAAUAAAAACAUGCAAAUAUUUUGCAAAAUUUUCCAUUAAAUGUAACAAAUAUAUUGUAUUUCAUAAUUUUAAAUCACUUCGAAAUAUAAUAACAAAAUCCACAGCGAAUGAAAAAAACUCUACAAGGUGUGCCUAGCGCAGCCAAUUCAAUGUAAACAAUUUAUUCUUAAUGAUGUAAAAAUGAGUGAAAUAUUUUUCUGAAUAAAGUUUUCAGUUUCCAUCCGAAA